AUGUCUAAUCUUAGACCUUCUGUGCGCUCGGCGAUAAAAAGCUUUAUCCAGACCCAGGAUGGAAGUCAGAUCGCGAGUGACGUACUUCGAGUAAUUCACGAGGAGGCGCUGUUGAUGAAAGAAACUGAAGAUACCCGCGACAUGUUCGAAACGGACCCAUUUGAAGCUUUCGAAAAGAUGAAAUCUCAAAUACGGCAGUUCAAGUCCAUGAUUCAAGUCACAUCUUGCAGUCGAGUACGAACGCGGAAAUACGUUGCGAAUGAUGCCGUAGUCACAAUUGACAACGGGAAGGAUCUUCAAUUGACAUUUCGAUACGAACAAAAGCCACGCGAAGGAACCACAAAGGGAACACAAAUAUGGUAUUCCAUUGAAAUGGCUGAAAAUAGUUACUCAGAACGGCAAAAUCUUCUCGUCGUACAAGUAUGGUCACCGGGGGACGCUCCCUGUACUGAUACCGCUGCAGUAUGCAUAAAUGAUCAAAUGAUGGAAGAGGAGGAAAAUGAGGAUGAUUUGUGGAGUGAUAUUGACGACGACGAAGAGGUAGUGCAUGAAGUAAAUGCCGAGACAAAGAAACAAAACCCACCCAGCACAAGUCCGGCAAAUGACCGAAAUCCAAGUAAACGGGCAAAAUUGAGCGAAAAUUCUGGAGCUGCACCGCAAGCGCAAGGAAACGAAGGAGAACAAGAGGACGACGACGAACACGAAAACUGUGACACUUACAUGGCAUUCAUGGAUCCUGAACUACUGCAUUCUUUUUUGACGGCGACAAAGUUUGGCCCCAUGGACGAAGAUACUGCUUUCUUUUUGCUAAUGACCUUUCCAUUCUACGAACACGAGUGGGAUUUGAUUGGCUUUGUCUUGUCUGAAGUCUUUGGCAGCGAUGAAGAUCUAGAAGAUAGCCAACCAGCACAGUAG